AUGCCUACCUCACAUUUGAGACGAAUGGCAUCACCGUCAUCUAAGGCGUCAUCACUCCUCAAGGACGCCUUCGGCCUUAUCGUCACCUUCUCCUCCUUAGUAUGCCUCUCCACGGCGCAACAGCAAUCCGACGGCACUCUUGUCGGAUGUACCUCGAUCCCCGGCUGCUCAUCAAAUACAGGCUGCACGGUCGGUAACGCGACCAACGUCUUUCUUGGAGCCACCGCGUUCAACGCCACUUUUCCCACAUCGUCGUUGUCGUCGCCUGAAUCCGAAUCGGUAGAAUUGACGUGGACGGUCGGCGCUCUCUCCUCGACAGCGUCAUCAACGUCAAACACCCUAUUUACCAAGAACUUCUACCUCGGGUACCCGCCCACGCUGGAUCUGAGUGGCACAAGCGCAUUCGCGGGAUGUGCGCUGUUCUUUGAAGGGAUCGCGCGGAGCAUAUCAUUGAACAACAGCGAAUUCGGGAGCAUGACGUGCGGCGCUGCCUUGGGUGAAGGGUGCGCGACCGACUUGCUCGACCAGGCGGAGACGCAGAUCCAGACGCUGCUGAAGGCCGAAGAUGCUUGUGCCAAGCUACAAGAUAUACUUGAGAGAAACCCGCCGCAGAGUUGUAGGGGGCUGGCAACUGUUACGUGGGGGAGUAUUGUCGCGAAAGACCUUACCGGCGCCAAUGCCCCGUUGUCACCACCGCUCCAAAGCUCAUCAUGUCAUCCCACCCUUGGGGGAGAGGAUUACAAUGUCGCGCUGAUCGAGACGCAGACCGUCAGGUCCGAGGAAGUGUCCAGCGACCACACACCCUUUUUCUACUCCAUCACCCCGGUCGUCAGUGUCUUCUACGACGCAUCCUCUUCCACUUCGGCUUCGUCGAAUGCCAAUGCCAAUAUCAAUACCAAGGCGUACAUGUCCUGUCUGAAGGUUGUCGAUGAUGGAGCGUCAGGAUCUAGCGGCGGAGGUGGAGCUGGCAGUCUCUCAACCCAGUCGUCCAAUGGUGCUGCUCCUCUCACGUAUAUGUCUAGUCGGUCGAAUCUACUGGCUUGGGUUCUCACUUGCAUGAGUCUGACAGUGGUCUCAUUCUCGGCGUGA